UGCACUGCGCUCUGCUGCCCCGUCCACAUCUCCAGGCUCAACCCGGAGGAAACAGGAGCGGCUGUGAGGGGGAUGGGAGCUUCGUAAAAUAAGAGAAAUGAGGAAUAUUCCCGCCGGAGUCAUCCGAACUUAGAAGAUCACACACCAGUACCAGAAGAGUCGAAGUGAUUGGUUGAAGAGCGGCACCAUGGGCUGUGUGGGCUCAAAGAAGGAGCAGGAGCCUCAAAGCAAAGAGACGGGUAACGAUGAGCUGCAGAACCGCGCACAGACAGCCCAUUAUGUCAAAGACCCCACCACAGGAAACCCAAGCAAAACUAGCAAAACGCAACCCAAUUCAUCUGCAGGGGAAAGUAUUGCCAUGGCACUGUAUGACUAUGAGGCCAUUCACGAUGGAGACCUCGGCUUCAGGAAGGGAGACAAGCUCAGGAUCUUGGAGGAGAUGGGGGAGUGGUGGAGAGCCAUGUUAAUAAGUACAGGUCAGGAAGGCUACAUCCCCAGUAAUUAUGUAGCCAAAGAUACUCUGGAGGUAGAGGAGUGGUUCUUUAAGGGCGUGAGCAGGAAAGAUGCUGAGAGGCAGCUGCUGGCUCCAGGGAACAAAACAGGAUCCUUCAUGAUCCGAGACAGUGAGACGUCCAAGGGCAGCUACUCUCUGUCUAUCAGGGACAGCUGUACUGCUGACACAGUCAAACAUUAUAAGAUCCGAACACUGGACAACGGAGGAUUCUACAUCUCUCCUCGCAUCACCUUCAGCACGCUGCAGGAGCUGGUCAAACAUUACAAGAAGCAGGGAGAUGGCCUCUGCCAAACCCUGACCAAUCCGUGCCUGAGCCCCAAACCUGAGAAGCCAUGGGAGAAAGAUGCCUGGGAAAUCCCAAGAUCAUCUCUCAAACUGGAAAAGAAGCUUGGUGCCGGCCAGUUUGGAGAGGUCUGGAUGGCUACAUACAAUAAGCAUACCAAGGUAGCAGUGAAGACCAUGAAACCUGGCAGCAUGUCGGUUGAAGCCUUCAUGAUGGAAGCCAACCUCAUGAAGACGCUUCAGCACGAUAAACUGGUCCGACUCAAUGCUGUGGUCAGCAAGGAGGAGCCUAUCUAUAUCAUCACUGAAUACAUGGAGAAAGGUAGUUUACUGGACUUCUUAAAGAGUGAUGAAGGAAACCGUGUCCAGCUCCCAAAGCUCAUCGACUUCUCUGCCCAGACUGCAGAGGGCAUGGCCUACAUUGAGCAGAGGAACUACAUCCACAGAGACCUGAGAGCUGCCAACAUCCUAGUCAACAAGGCUUUGGUUUGCAAAAUUGCUGACUUUGGCCUUGCUCGAAUUAUUGAAGACAACGAGUACACAGCCAGGGAAGGAGCCAAAUUCCCUAUCAAAUGGACAGCCCCGGAGGCCAUCAACUACGGCUCUUUCACCAUCAAAUCUGAUGUCUGGUCCUUUGGCGUCUUGCUGACGGAGAUUAUCAGCUAUGGGCGCACUCCAUACCCAGGGAUGACCAACCCGGAGGUGAUCCGUUUCCUGGAGAAGAGCAACAGAAUGCAGCGCUUGGAAAGCUGUCCCACCGAACUCUAUGAAAUCAUGCUGGAGUGUUGGAAGAACAAGCCUGAGGAACGUCCCACCUUUGAUUACCUGCAGAGCGUUCUGGAGGAUUUCUACACAGCCACAGAGAGCCAGUACCAGCAGCAGCCAUGAGACUGAACAUCCGCAGACUAGCUUUCUCUUACAGUAUUCUUCCAGUCAUACUUAGCAGUAGUUUCAUACAGCAGUGCAAUUUAGAGAGUCCUUUAAACUGCACUGAGGCCAUCUUUUUUUCUCCUUCUUAUUCACAUGAUAUACAAGGGACUGUACAAAACUUAUUGGGGAGUGUUGUAACGUCUAUUUUAUCUAUCUUAUCUAUUUUAUCUAGCAAGAAGUAUCUCUAUCUUAUAAAACUAGGCCCUAACUAGUAUUUUUAAUAUUUUAUUGGGCCACUCUCCUAUUAAACAAAUUAUAGCAUUAGAAAGUUAUAUAAUCACAAUGGAAAGCUUAAAACAAUAAAAAUACAGAUACAAAAUACAGAAAAAAUACUGUCUAAUUGUUUUUACUGUUAAUAUUAUAACACCGCAAGACUACAUUCUGUAUAGGUUUGGUCAGAGGCUAAUAUGCAAUAUCAGCUGUACUGGAUAUUCAUCUUAAAAUACUGACCAUUAAUCAUUUGUAAAUCAGUAGAUCAGUACAUCAGGUGUACAUUCAGAUACUUAUUUCUUUGUUACAUCUGCAGUCUUUAAUAUGAAAAGUGACCCACAACAAAAAGCUUCAUAUAACUUUGUUUUUACUCUGCUCAUUUUUCUACUACAUAUUGCCCAAAUAAUGUGGAACACUGUAUUGCAAGAUAAAGCUGCACAUGAUUAUUCACCUGACAGCACUUAUCUGAUAUCUGGAGCAGCGGUUCUCUACAGAUUCAGCCUCAGGACCCACAUUUUCCUGUUAUUAAGCUGCCACCAAAAUGUUUGAAUCACUCAAAUUUAUUUCACUCAAAAAAUUGGGCAGUGAUACAAAAUGCACUCAUGCACAGUUAAAAACAUGAAAUAAAGGCUAAAAGUGCAGAGUUAUAGACAUACUGUAUAUGCUUUUUAACUAAAUCUUUGUUAUGAGGGGGUAUGGACUGUAGGUAUUUCUAGUUGGAGAAUCAUGACAGGAAUAGGAACUCAGACAAAGAACCCGGAACACUUCUCACAUCUUUAUUUGCAUACUUUGUGACCAUGUUCCCCUCCAUCACUUUCCUCACACAUACAGAUCACACACACACUCUUGCUGCAGCACUCAUAUCCUGUGUUAACUGUACCAUUACGUCAUACCAGAUGUUCAGCGAAUUAACACUUACCAAAACAGCACACUCUUCUUACAGUGACCAGGCAGAGGGUUUUCAACUCUUCUGGACAAUAAGUGUAUCAGUGAAAAUAGCAAAUAUGCUUGGAAAAGCCCUGUCUCUGCACAACAAGACCAGAAAUCCAGGGAUACAGUAGUUGUAACAUUUCCAAGGGAAAGCUGAAAUAAAAGGGACUUUGGGGUUAAGAGAUUUCCACAAUAUCUACCUAGUAAUUCCACAAACCUCGUGUCUUAAACUGUUCAUCUAAUCGAGUUCACACUUGUCACACUUAAAAAAGGUUUUCUUCUAUGACUUCAGAUAAACUACAGUAGUGGUCAGUAAAUGGAUCAUUCUACGGUUCAAAAUCGCAGCCAGAUCAUUUUGAUAAUAUGAUUAUUUUCAUUUUACUAUUUUUUUGUUUUGUUUUAAGUUUGUGAACUUGGGUCUGAAGAUUGUGUGAAUGUUUAAUAGACCUCUGACAUAGCCAGCAUGCAGUGUAUGAAAAAAUACCAGCAGUUAAGUCAAUCAUUCAAACUUAUGUAUAAGCAACACACGUGAAUAGUAAUAAAGCUAAUUCUGAUUCAUUUUAUGAAAAACACAACACAGAACACAUACCUUUCUAACUGACUGAUUAUAAAAAGCAAAGUUUAUUGUAGAACUGUUUGAGGAGGACUCACUAAUGAGAAGCAAUAAUUCUGAAGUAGCUCCAGAGCUUUAAAACAGAAGAUUACUGCACUAGUUUUCAAAUUCUGAAGACUCCUUUUCCACCCUCACUCGCUAUAUAAUUUUUGUACAGUCCCUAACAUUGCAAAACCAACUGUCUAACAUUUUACGUCUGUGUAGAAGACCAGACUAUCCAGUACAUGCUGUAAAAGCAUAACUAUUGCAUUAUGUGUAAUAUAUAAUAUUAUUUAACGUAGAACACAAAUCUGGUGAAAGACUGGAUUUAUCUGUUGUGCUCCAACACACAUUUUGCAUCCACAAGGUACAACCACAACACAGAUAUUCACAGUGAAUUAUGUAAUAAUCAUGUAAGCAAAGCUGUUAAAUGAACAGUGUUUGACAAAGUCAAAGAAAAGUAGAUACUGUGACCUGUGGACUUCACAAAAUGCAAAAUAUGGCUGAGCAUUUUGAAAUCCUUAAUUUAGUUUCCAUUGAUAUUUUUCCAUUAUGCUGUAGCUUGAUUUCACAUUACUCAUUGAUUGUGCCUUUUGCUGAUUUUUAAAAAAUAUAUUUUUUAAAAACGGAAAGUUAGCAAUAUAUUUUAUAUGCUCUCUCUUUAAUGAUUAUAAAGAAUUACCAUUAUUUAGGAACUGGGUAUUAGAAGCCAUAUUAACUUAUAAUACUUGAUUGAUGAUUCUUCUCUCCUGUUAUAAAGUUAGUGUUGUGCAUACAUACAUGCCUUCCUUUUCUGUUUUGGAAAAAUAAUGAAUGUGGAAAUAACAGACUAAUGUGCUGUACAUCAAUGUAUCUUGAAUGUAAUGAACUUUUCAAAUGUAAAUGCUCUGUUGUUUUCCUUUUAGAAAGCUUGUGAUUUUUCUAAACUGUUGUAAAUAGUAUUGGUUAAGAUUUGUAGCACAAUCCCUCAGUGCUGGCAUGAUAAUAUUUUGGACAUAUGGAGAACAUUUUAUUAAACACAGAGCAAAUUAUGUUAUAUUAAUUAUGUUAGUGUUGCUGUGACACACAUAAGAGUUGAUACCUGACAAUAUUGAUUGAAAUCCCAGCUCUAUACAUAAUGUACUGUAAGGUCAAGAAUAUUUUUGUGUUUUUCUUUAUCAAUAGAAAACCCUUUGUUUAGUUUGUAAGACGCUUGGUUCAAUUUGA